CGCGCCAACUUGGCGGUGGAUACGGAAGCGUGGGAGCACCCCAAAGCUACGGGGGGGCACCCAGAACCGCAGGGUUAUCAGGAAGCCGUGGGGGGAGAAGAGAGUGACCUCUGGCGGAAAUCCAUGGACGAGGAGAUGCGUUCCCUGUUGGAGAGGGGGACGUGGGAGAUCGUCGAAAAACCGGAAGGGGCCAAGCCGGUUCCUACGAAGUGGGUUUACAAAAUCAAGCGGGACGCUCACGGGAACGUGUAG